CUCUCGUUGCCUUCGCUCUGCCCGCCUCGCCGUCGCCGUCGCAGCAGCCUCUCUGCGUCUCGCUCUCGUCCACUUGGCCCACGCGACUUCUCUCUGCUCUCUGCUCUCUGUGCAGCUCCGCCUGCCUGCCUCGCAGCUCUCGCGUCCGCGUGCCUCCACAGCGCCACUUGAUUCGCCCGCAGCAGCCAUGGCACAGCCAGCACGGCACCCGAAGCGGAAAAUCGCCGUGCUUGGCUCGCGCUCCGUCGGCAAGUCCUCGCUCAUCGUGCGCUACGUCGAGGAUGCCUUUGUCGACUCGUACUACCCGACGAUUGAGAACAUCUUCAACAAGUGCGUCAAGUACAAGGGCGUCGAGUAUGACUGUGAUGUCAUCGACACCGCAGGGCAGGACGAGUACUCGAUCCUGAACUCCAAGCACGCCAUCGGCAUCCACGGCUACGUGCUGGUGUACUCGAUUGCGUCGCGCAACUCGUUUGAGAUGGUGCAGACGGUGUACGACAAGAUUCUCAACUACACGGGCACGGAGCACGUGCCGUGCGUGAUUGUGGGGCAGAAGAGCGACUUGCAUGUGCAGCGGCAAGUGUCGGAGCAGGAGGGCAAGGACCUGGCGCAGCAACUGCAGUGUGCUUGGGUCGAGACGAGCGCAAGACACAAUGCCAACGUCUCAAAAGUCUUUGAGCUGAUGCUCGGCGAGACGGAGCGCGGCACAACGAAGGAGAACCCGGAGCCGGCGCCGAGCAAGUGCGAUGUCAUGUGAUGCGUCUUUCGCGCUUGCUCUCCUCUCUCUCUCUCAUCGCGCGGCCAUCACCUCCGCUUCCACGAUCUGCGCGCCCUUUGCUCGUCCAUGUGUAAAUCUCUCCGCCCAUCACCGCCCCUCGUUCCGCAGCUCCCAGAUCCCGAUCGCACUACCCAUAAUUUCGUAAGCGCAUCGCAGCAGCGCACGCGCGGCGCAGCACCUGGUUGUUGUGAGCCAGACAGGCGGGGAGAGCAGCCCGUACGUGCCCC